GUAAAACCUAGUUCCGUCGCCGAACAAACCGGCUUCAGUGUGGUAGAAUUUGAUCGAAUAGAUGUAUGAAAUUAUAACUAGAAAACGUGUUUUAUUGUAUUUGUGUAUGGAACAUGAAUAUUGGACAUUUAAUUUCGUGUGAAGUGUUAUUAAACUUUUAGAAACUCUUCUUGGAAGUGUUUAUAUGAUUAUAAACAUCUACCAUUGUAAGAUGUGUCGAAUGUAUAUAAUUCUGUUUGCGGUAGUAGCGUUAAUCGCUUUGUGCGAAACGAAACAAUGCGAUCAGACCCCACCGCAUGCGUCAGUGCAGGAGCCCAGCGAAAACAAAGGGCCAUUCAAGAUGAUCAUAGAAACUAAAAUGCAAAAUUUAUCUUACUUACCAGAUCAAACAUAUGUUGUCACCCUCUUGUCGACCAAUUCCACACGCCCGUUCAGAUGGUUCAUGAUCACCGCAGAAGAUCCAGACAUGGAUAACAAUACGUACGGGGUCAUCAGCCCCCAGGUGGAUGUGGGCAGAUUGAAGACCUUGGACACGGAAACGGGUAGGAAGUCACGGUACAGCGAGAGAUGCUUCAACUCGGUAGAAAAUAUGGACAAUUCUGACAAGUAUAGAGUCGAUAUCCAUUGGAUAUCACCGAAACAAAACGAUAAGAAAUCUGAGCAAAGAGUUCGCCUUCGUGCCAUGGUUGCGGAAAAUGAGGAAGUCUGGUACAUGGGAGAUGAGAAUUUAGUGAUACUUCUUCAUAAAGACAAUCGUCCCCCCAUCGAUAGCCCACCGACGACGCCCGUUGAAGUCUGCAAUCUAUGCAGUGAAGCUAGAUACGAGGUGAUAUUCAGCGGGAAAUGGUCAAGGGUCUCCCAUCCCCAUCAGUAUCCCAGCAAGCCUGAUGAGAACGGAUACACGCAUAUGCUUGGUGCUUCCCACUCCUCAUAUUACGUUCUGUGGCAGCAAGGCGAGGAAGCCAGUCCUGGACUGGUCAAAUUAGUAGUCAAUGCUGAUCCAACGUUAUUAGAAAGAGAGAUCAUUGAAAAAAUGUCAGAAAAAAAUGGAACCCGCACCCUUAUAAGAGGGAAGAGACGGCAUCAUCCGUACAUGUUUGAAUCAUCUCAUUCCCUAUUCAGAGUUGAUAGAUUUCACCAUCAGUUCUCAAUAGUCGUGGGGAUGAGGCCCUCUCCUGAUUGGUUCUUGGGCACAUCUAACUUUGAACUGUGCACUGCUGAUGGAUGGUAUAGCAGUGCCAAGAUACCAUUGUAUCCUUGGGACGCUGGUGUUAUGGAUGGGGUCUCGUAUGAGUCACCAACAGCAGUAACUACGCCAACAGACCACAUAAACAGGGUGGAAGUAGGCUCAUUCAACAAGGAGUCUCCAUUCUACCAAAUGAAUCUAAAUGAUUUGAAACCCUUCGCACACUUGGAGGUUAAAUUAUUAGAUACUUACCAACUGACGGGAGAAGAUUGUUCAGAAGAAAACAAAGAUUUAGAAGAACCGCAAGACGACGUGGGAGCCGAAGAAACGGUAGAAGAGUAUCCUCAGGUGGCUGAAUCAAAACAGAAAAUGAGUUGUGCAGGCAAGUGGAGUGAAUGGUCUCCAUGCGUGCCGUAUGAUGGAUCAUGUGGAAUGGGUAUCCAAACUAGAAGAAAAUUGAAGGCUGAAGACCGGGAUAACAGACAGUUUUAUAGAAAAUUUAACGAUCAAGACAGUCGUCAAGGGAAUUCAGUUAGCAAUGGUUGCUAUGGAAAUGACGACACAAUUUCUAUACAAAAUCAAGAGUGCUUCGUCGAUUGUUAAUCAGUAACUCAAUAUAAUUUUAUCUAGUACCUGCUGUGACUAGACAAUUAAUUACCUAUGACUGAAAUGUUAGUUUUAAAUAAAACUUAUUGCUACG